CCAUAAGGUCUACUGCCGACCACGUCUUUUGAAACGCGAAAUACUCGACCUCUUGACCCAAAUGCGCCUCGAACACAAAGUCUAUGUACUGGAUAAGUUCCCGGUAUACUCCUCUACCUUUAUAUCAAAUGAUCAAAUUGUCCUUGGAGGAGGAGGAGGAGCUUCAAAGAGUGGAAUCAAGAAUAAAUUGGUCUGUAAAUACUGCAAAGCCCAACUUUUUGUGCUGAUGCAUACAUCACGUACAACAGAGGCUUGUUCGCGUCAACGAUGACCUUUCGAUAGAGUAUCAAGGGGAAUAUGAGCUCACAAAAGGCGAGGAUGCACCCAUGAGCAUGGCAGCUGUCCUCGAGGCGGGAAUACUUGCAUGUGGAAUUAAUAGUGCGCCUGAGCAGCUAGCGAGCGGUCCAAACAAAAACUGUCGUGUUUUCCAAGUCCAAGACAAAAAAAUUUCGCUGGUGGAGACGUGCAGUACUCUUAUUCUGAGGGAUGGAGACGAUGAUUUCCAGAAAGUAACGGCCUUCUCUCUCGAUGGCGGUCUGCUCGCUGCAGGAAGCUCUCAUAGCCUUCACCUACUUUCCUGUCCUUCUUUGGGUCUUGCUUGUGCUCCUGUCUCCACAGAGCAGGAGAUUUACGACGCGACGUUCUCAAGCGACAAACUUGUCGUUGCCACAACAGCAAAUCUCCAGGUUUAUUCUUUACCUGGAUUUGAUGCUGGCGCUUUCGAGAAGAGUAGUAAGAAAGGGAAGCAGAAGGCGCAGAGUAUCGAGGCCGCCGCCCUCGAAUUAGAACGUACCCUCGAACUUCCCUCCUCAUUGAGAGGCAGUUCUGGUGGCUCGUAUCGCUCAGUAAGGCAACAUCCCACCAUCCCGGAAGUCAUGUAUACGGUAGUCAAUACAGCUCCGGCCCGCACUCGGUCUAAGUCAACACCAAGGCAAGGCUAUAUAUGUAAAUGGAACACAAAGAAUUGGACCAUGGAGAAAUCAAGGAAAGUUAGCGACCGAGGGUUAACUUGUUUUUCCUUGAGCCCCGAUGGUAGGUUUUUAGGAUACGGAUCUUCGGAUUUGAGUAUUGGAAUCCUUGACGCAAAGACGCUUGCGACUGUAGCCACCAUCCUGAAAGCUCACGAGUUUCCUCCGACUACUCUGGUUUUCAACACCACCUCAAAGCUCUUGGUUUCAAGUAGCGCUGAUAAUUCCAUUCGAGUUGUCAGGGUCCCUGACCAGGUUGGAAGCUCAGGUUGGGGCUGGAGCCUCUUACUAGUCCUCAUUGCCGUCCUAGUUUCGAUCAUUGCCUUCGCCAUCCAAAGAUACUUACUUCAAUGACAAAAAUUGUUAUUACUAGAAUGGGACGUCUGUACAUAUCUAAGCAUACUUAAACUAGAAGUAACACUAAUCAUAAUCAUCUGUUUCCACUA